GCUUGUUCAAUUUUGUAUAUUUAUUUACGGUUAAAUGUUUAGUAAUUUCAAAUUAUAUUUAUAUGGGAAAAACUAUCAAACAGGUCCUCCUACAAUAUCAAAAAAGUCAAUUAAGUCCUCGUACUUCAAAAACAACCGAUCACAUCCUCCAACUCGUAAAAAACAAUCAAUUGGAUCUUUUAACCGGAAAACAACCGGUCACCCAGUUAACUUACACACGUGGCAAUCUUUUCAUUUUCAUUUUUUCCAUUUUUCUUUGUCUUUUUCCCCUUCUCUUUCGCAUGGCAGUCUUCUCCCGUCAACCCCCAACUGCAACAUCCUUUUCUCUUUCUUUCUUUCUUUCUUUCUUUCUUUCUUUCUUGAAUCUUGACCCUUCUUUCAUUCUUCAUUUUCGCAAGUUCAGCGAUUCAGAGGAGGACAAGUGAUUCAAGCGACAGUUUGGGCUGCUGUCACAUAUCAUCUUUUCCGGUCAGCGCAAUCCGCUCUUGGGUCUUCUGAUUCAGUGCUUCUCAAUCCAUCUGCCCUCUCCUCUAUUGCAAAAUCUGGUCAGCGUCGGCGAAUCGGCGUGGUGGCUAUUGCGAUGUCCGCCGGAGGUUGUUGAAGUUCUUCCGCGAGUUUACCGGCAAUUUUACCGGCAAGUUUAUCUCCAUGUUAAUCCGCUGCUAGAGUUCGUCAUCCAACAGAAUGAUUGGUGUUGUGUGAGUUGGGUACUUCGGUGGGUUUGUAGAAGAAAGGAGGAAAAAAGAGUUCUUGGUUUGGUUGUUGGUUGCUUGAUAGAAGAAAGAAGUCAAGGAGAGAGAAUCAAGAAAGAAAGAAAAAAAGAAAGAAAGAAUUAAAGAAAGGAGAAAGAAUUGCAGCCUUGAGCCUUGAAGAGGUACGGGUGGAGGGAAAAGAAAGAAAGAAAGAAAGUAGAGAAAAAAACUAAGAAGGAACAAAAAAGGAAAAAGAAAAAAAAAUGCCCCAAGUCAUCUAUUACCGGUGCAAUUCAAAACCAACCGGUUAAACAUUCAAAUUGGGUGUUUGUUUUACACUUGAGAGACUUAAUUGAUUGAUUUAAUUGUACGAGGACUUAAUUGACUUUUUCAAUAUAGUAUGAGGACUUAUUUGUCUGUUUUCUCUAUUUAUAUGCGUUAGCGGUUUAACGAUGAAACACAUUAAUAGGUAAUUUUCUUUCUUAAUGAUUAACUGAU